AUGGAUAGCAACAAAUUCUUCACUGCAUUCGCGAACGCAACAAAUACUUCAAAUGCUACAACUGGAAUUGAACGUACACCCCAACUUUCUGCCCGAUCGCACCAAGUUGAUAUCGCCUUUGUUGUCGUCUUUUGCAUCCUUGCUUUGAUGAUUGUGUUUGGAAACUCGCUGGUGAUUGGUGCAUUUCAAGUCAACCGACGACUUCGCACAGCAAGUAAUAUGUUAUUGAUAUCAUUAGCAACCGCUGACAUACUGAUCGGAACAAUUUCUGUGCCGCUGUACGUUUAUGUAUCAGUAACAAACAGCUAUCAAUUACGCACCGUUCAUAUGAUCUUUGACAUCAUCUGUGGAGUGUCUUCGGUUCUUAAUCUCACAGCCAUAAGCUUGGAGAGAUGUUACGCUCUGAUUUAUCCCAUAAAGCAUCGCAACAUCAGCAAACGUAUGUUGUGCAUAAUAUUUUAUUUCUAAUUAUUUCUUACUGAAAUUGCACAGCCGAGGCUACAGAUGUUGGUGCCAAUACCCUUAAAGGUUUUCCUCCUUGAUUUUAAACACCAUUUCUUCUUCUUCUUCUUGAUGACCAUGCACUUUGGCCCCGUCCACAAUACUGCGUUUUCGUUUUCAAACGCAAAACAUUUGGAUGCGUUUAGGCCUCUCCAUCCACACUAAUACUCUAAGCGGUUUCAUCGAAAACGGAUCGAUUCGAAAACGCUCUUAAAAAUGGAUGAAAACAAAAAUGCAUGCACUUCGUAUUAGUGUGGACGGUGGCUUAGCUUGGGAAGUUUGCGAUUUUUGAUACAAGCACCAAAAUUUGUAGGAACAUAUACAUUCUCAUACUAGUCAUAUCCAGAUAUAGUGCCAAGUGAAAUUUUCUAAUUUCAGCUAGUUAGCAGCUAGCAAAAUUUUCAGACGCGAGACCCCCUCGAGGUACAUUUCUUGCUGUUUUUUGUGAUUUAAUACACGUUUCCUUUCAAAAUACAUAUACAGUUGCUUAAAUUUGGAGUCAAAUUGUUAUUAUCUUCUCUUCUUUUUUAUACUAAUUAUUUUAAUUUUCUCGGAAAAUUAAUUAUUUGAAUACAGGCCGUAAUUUGGAAUUUAUCUGCACGUGCUUUUUCUCAACUUUCUCUUGGUUUUCACUCUGAAUUUGGGGCAUGCGCCUCGAUCGCUGCAUGCAGCUAGAGAAUAUUAUUCAGGCCGGUUUGAUCGGAGAACAAAAGAAAAUGGGUUGACGAGAAGACGUGGAAAUCAUGCAGUAACAUCAAACUAUUGACAGGUUAAAAUGUAUUAUUUACCAGAAAGAGGGGCCAAAACUAAAUGUCAGUCAACUGGAAAGCCAAGUCAGGCUGCAUUAACAUUACUCAGCUUCUUAAAUUCAAUAGCGUGAAACAGACCCGUAAGAUAGAAGAAUGUACUCGGCUUGUCAAAAGUUAAGAGACUCCAUUACCAGUUCACAUCGGUGUGAUGCUUCAUAUGAAAACACGCAAGAGGGAUCUUAUAGACAGACUACAUUCACCUGGCAUGUCAUUUUCGUACGAUGAAGUGCUACGAUUGUCGUCAGAUAUGGCAAACGCUGUUUAUGAACACUUCAAGGCGACGGACACGGUAUGCCCUCCAAACUUGAAAACAAACGUAUUCACUACAGCCGCGGUUGAUAAUCUCGACCCCAACACUUCGUGGACAAAGGCAGUAAGUUCAUUUCAUGUCACCAGCAUUUCACUAAUACAGCACCCUUAACUGUGGAAGGGAAAGGUGUGGAAAACGCAAGCUUUAAGCAAAGAAAUGUGUCUGCAUCAAAGACUACAGGCCCACUGCCAUCCAGCUACACCAACAUAUAUACCUCCUUGGUCAUGUCAAAAAUUAAGACAAAGAGGAUGUGCAACCCACUGUUGCCAAGCAAGCUGGAAAUGGAGUAUCAUGGUCUGCUUACCACGGAGAACGACAGAAACGCGACAACCGGUACGAUGACAGAGAUCGUUGCUGCCUCUUCUUGCAGAAGCUGCUCACUCUAUAGCCAUGAUCAAGCAUGGCAUAACUGUUGCUAUGAAAGCUGUUGAACACCUCAACCAAGGGCAAACCGCAGUUAUAGCAUUCGAUCAACCCAUAUAUGGUUUAGCUAAGGAAAUACCAUAGAGAUAUCAAGACAACAUGGGAGAAGAUAAGCUGGUAGAUAUGAUUGGUGGACUUCUCAUAGAGUUAGCCGUUGUCAAAGCAACAGGAUCAUGGCUGUUGGGAAGUGGAUGGACAGAGGCUAUUGCUCAAGUCGGGAUAACCACCACUGGAAGGGCUGAGUCAUUAGUAACUUCUACGCACAUUACACGUACAAGAUACCUCCAUCAAGUUACGGCAUCCUCAACAGAGGCCCUAUAAGAAUUGCUACGCAAAAUCCGCGGAGAACCCUCCUCCAUUCCCCAAAUGGUGCAAAGAUCAUGCCAGCAAUAUCCCACAAUUCCAAUUCUGGAAUAUGAACGUCACGUUUGAGUUACUUAUUCUCAUUCUCGUGCGCUCCUUUCGACAAUCGGACUUCAGACAGUAUACAGCUGCUUUGAUGGCAAUUACCCCUUGGACGUUCGCUCUAGAUCGCACUAAUUAUUCGCGGUGGCUACCUGUUCAUAUUAGGGACAUGGUAGAACUACCAAAUAAACACCCGCAUGUCUACAAUGUGUUCUCGACAAGUGGUGGAAAUUUACAGUGCAGAAGAUGACCAAUACUUUUUCUUCUAUACCACUAGACCAGGCUCAUGAACAGAAUAAUGAGUUAAUCAAGGAGGACGGCGGGGGUAUUGGAAUCACUGAGACUCCUGGUGCACUUUUAAGAUGGAUAGUGGCUGGACCGGAGCUGGCAAGAGUGGUAAAAGAGUUUGAGAGUACAUUAAAGGAGGACAACACCGACAAGACUUGCAAGUUCAAUCUCUGGUUUCUACUAUAGAAAAGAGCUUGGCAACCCAUUUGAAGACCUGAUCUCACUUGUAUCGAAAGACAUAUAGCUGAUCCAGCAAAGCUACUUUGAACAACAUUGAGUCAGUUUGAAAGGGGCAGUAUGAACUCUUCAUCAAAGAAAGGUAGGCUUACGGAGAGAUCUUAGCCAAUCGACGACAGCAUUUCAAGAAAUAAUCUUCGUUUGUGGAAACCAGGGUCUAAGAUUUCAACAUCAAAAGAGAAAAUGAAGCUAAAAUCUGUAGAAACUGCUGUCUUCGAAGCUAUACAUCGGAUGUCAAAGUCGAGAUGGCGACCUCAAUGAUUUUCUUUCUCAUGAUGAUCAAGGCUCUUCUCUUUCAUUAUCGGACUGUGAGAGAAUUAGGUCAGGUAGCAAAUGUGACUUAA